GAGCAGAGAAGCAAUGGGGGCGUUCGGAGUUGUGACAAGGAUUGUACACUGCAUGGGACUUUACGUUCAGUUCGGCGCCGCUCUGAAGACGGUCGGACACGGCGAGGUGGACAAUCGCGUCUCUGGAAAUGCUCUCUUCACAGAGGUGCCACAUGAUAUCACCACACAAAGCGGUGAGGACGUAGAGAUGGCUUGUUCUUUCCGUGGGGCAGGCUCUCCCUCCUACUCCCUGGAGAUCCAGUGGUGGUACAUUAAAAAUCACAAAAAUUGGCAACAGAAGCCCACCUGGACCACUAAUCAGGUGGUGCCCCUGGAGGACAUGUCCAAGGAUGCUACCAAAAUAAGUGUGGUGAAAGUUGCUGGCAGCAACAUCUCCCACAAGCUCCGUUUGUCCAGCGUCAAGCCGUCAGAUGAGGGCACGUAUGAGUGCCGCGUCAUCGACUUCAGUGGUGCCGUGGCGCAGCACCACCGCGUGCGCGCCUACCUCCAGGUGGAGGCCGAGAAAAGCCAAGGGCACGGGUCACACGACACCCAACGCAACACCCCUGGGCAUCUGGCGCAGGGCAGCAUUGUCUAUCCCCAACCCCUCCACCAGACGGAGGGCAGGGAACUGAAGAGGAGAUCAGCUGGUAGCACCACUGACUGCAAUGAGAGCUGUAUGCUUUAG